AUGGCUCUCCAAUUGCAAUGCUGGGUUCCACCUUCUCCUGACCAGAUUGACCUAAGGACAUGGAACAAGAUCAUCAAGAGACAAGUAAUCGAAGGGAACACCAAGGGAGCUUUUCUCACAUACCAACAGAUGCAACAAACAGGUAUCUUCACCCCAGAUAACUUCACAUUUCCUGUGUUACUCAAAGCAGCUUCUAAUCUUUCGAAUCCAAGACUCGGUUUAGCUCUCCAUGCCCAGAUAGCAAAAACGCCCUUUGACAACCAUAUGUUGGUCCAAACUUCUCUUCUCAACAUGUACUCAUCGAUUCAAAGAACAGAUGAAGCUCGUAAGGUGUUUGAUAGUAUGGAAUCGAAAGAUACGGUUGCUUGGAACUCGAUGUUGGAUGCGUAUGUUUCAUCUGGGAAUUUGGAUUUUGCAUUGAAGCUUUUUAGAUUCAUGCCUAAAAGAGACCUUUUUUCACUCAACAUUAUGCUGUCUGGGUAUGCGAACCUUGGUAAUAUGGAUUCGGCAAAAGCUGUAUUUGAUGAAAUCCCUGUAAAAAAUCUCAUCUCGUGGAACUCCAUGAUUCUAGCAUGUGGGAAUUACGGAGACAUGGAAGAAGCACGUAGGGUGUUCGAUGAAAUGCCUGAACGAGACGUCAUUUCAUGGAACACAUUACUUGGAGCUUAUCUCAACAAUAAGAUGUCUGACGAAGUUAUUCUGCUUUUCUACAAAAUGAAAGACGAAGAUAUCAUCCCCCCAGAUUAUCUCACUGUAACAACAGCUUUAUCUGCUUGCGCUGAUUUGGGGUCACUAGAAAAAGGGCGCGAAAUCCACAUCUACGCCCUGGAAAAACGACUAACAUCAAGUAUGCACGUAACCACUUCCCUAAUAGACAUGUACGCCAAAUGCGGAUGUCUAGAAUCCUUUCUAAUCGUCUUCUGCAAAUCUCAAGUUCGAGAUGUUUUCUGUUGGAACGCCUUGUUAUCAGGUCUUGCUAUCCAUGGCUAUGGUGUCAUCGCCCUCAAGGUGUUCGAUGAAAUGCUUCAAAGAACAAAACCAGACGAUGUAACCUUCAUAGCUUUACUUAACGCGUGCAGCCAUUCAGGCCUAGUCAAAGAGGGUCAAACCCUUUUCAAUUCCAUGGAAAUCAAAUACAACGUGACUCCUAAAAUAGAGCAUUACGGGUGCUUGGUUGAUCUUUUGGGUAGAGCUGGGUGUCUUGAACAUGCAUAUAAGGUGAUCGAUGAAAUGCCAUUUAGACCAGGGAAGUCAAUUUUGGGUGCAUUGCUUGGUGCUUGUGUGAAUCAUAGAGAUGUUGUGAUUGGGGAAAAAGUAGUGAAAAUAUUGUUGCAAAGUUAUGGUGAUAAUGGUUUAAAUGAUGGGGAUUACAUGAUGGUGUCUAAUUUGUAUGCAUCAUGUGAAUGUUGGCAUGAAGCGGAUCGUUGGAGAGCAAUGAUGAAUGAUUCGGGGAUUGUUAAGACUGCAGGAUUGAGUUCAAUCACUAUUGGUAAUCGGGUGCACAAUUUUUUGGCUGGAAAUUUUGAUUUUGAGUUUAGUUAA